GCUGAGCACGCCCGGCACACAGGCUUGCAGGCUGCCUGCCCACCUCUGCUUCCUCCAGGAACACAGGUAAUUUGCUUAUUUCUAAAAGAAAACCCACGUUCCUUCGGGAGCACGUGUAUCAGGGGUAGGCUGUCCAGCAUCCACAGAUCCUUCAAGACUUCCAGACCACAUCCGGCCACCAUGAGUUCCCUCGGUGAAGCAAUCAUCCACCUUGCAAUCGAUCUGUUCCACCAGAUCAGAAAAUCAGAGAAGGAAAACAUCUUCCUGUCGCCUUUCAGUAUCUCGUCAGCCUUAGCCAUGACUUACUUAGGGGCCCGAGAAAACACCGCAUCACAAAUGCAGAAGGUCCUUCACUUCAAUAAAAUCGCAGAGAACACAAGAGGAGGAGCCGCAAAAGAUCACGUUGAAAAGCCAGGAAAUGCUCAUCAUCACUUUCAAAAGCUUCUGACAGAAUUAAAGAAAUCCACAGAUGCCUAUGAGCUGAGUGUCGCCAACAGGCUCUACGGAGAAAAGGAGUUUCGGUUUCUCCAGGAAUACAUGGAUAAUGUUCAGAAAUUUUAUCUAGCCAGUGUGGAAUCUGCUGAUUUUAAAUAUGCUGCAGAGGAAAGUCGAAAGAUGAUUAAUUCCUGGGUGGAGAGCCAAACCAAUGAAAGAAUCAAGGACCUAUUUCCCAAAGACUCUCUCAACAGGUGUACUGUUCUGGUUCUGGUGAACGCCGUCUAUUUCAAAGGGCAGUGGAACCAGAAAUUUAAGGAAGAACGUACUACAGAGGAAAAAUUUUGGGUGAAUAAGGAUACAAGCAAACCUGUGCAGAUGAUGAAACAAACCGAUAGUUUCAAGUUCGUGUCACUGGAGGACGUGCAAGCCAAGAUCCUGGAAAUCCCGUACAAAGGCGAAGAGCUAAGCAUGAUGGUGCUGCUGCCCAAUGAAGUAGACGGUCUGCAGGAGCUUGAAGACCAGCUCACUGCUGAGAAGUUAAUAGCAUGGACGAGCCCACAGAAUAUGGGGAAGCAAGAAGUGGACUUAUACCUGCCUCGGUUUAAAG